AUGUAUCAGCAGAUUGUAGAUACGCCCUGGCCUGCGCUGCGGCCCGUCCGCAGGCACCCGCAAUUUGUGGACGACUGUCACGGGAUGAGUGUGGUCGCGUUCUCAGGAAAAUUCAAUGAGACAUCAUCAUCCGGGACACGGAAGUAAUAACAAAGAAGAGUAAAUAAAAAGAUGAAUGGGCAUGCAGCUCGUUCCGGUGACAGUGGCCAAGCAGUUCUCGAACGCAUUCAAGCAUCUAUGCUGCCAAUCGGUACAAAACAUACUUCAACAUUAACGUCUCCGGUCAUACCAGCUCCCUCAAUGGAAAAGCAAAAUGUGGUCAAGCAACAGAAAAAAUAUACAGAAAAGGAGAUUUCGAAUGCUCAAAGAGUAUGGACGAGUUUGGUGUCCGGUGCGAUAGCAGGUGCAAUAGCGAAAACCACAAUAGCGCCGCUAGAUCGCACGAAAAUCAAUUUUCAAAUCUCAAAACAACCCUACUCGGCCAAGGCGGCGGUGAAGUUUAUCAGUACGAUGAUGCGCACCGAAGGAUUUUUCAGUCUCUGGCGCGGCAACAGCGCUACUAUGGUCAGAAUUGUACCGUAUUCGGCUGUGCAGUUCGCGGCGCAUGAACAGUGGAAGAGAAUUCUAAACGUGAAGGGUGCGGGAAGCAGUGGAUGGGCGAGUUUUCUGGCCGGCGCUCUCGCGGGUGUGACAUCACAGACAAUGACUUAUCCGUUGGAUCUAAUGCGGGCGAGGAUGGCGGUCACCGUGAAGGCCGAGUUUAGAUCUCUGCGCCAGGUGUUUUGGCGAAUCUACAAGGACGAAGGAAUCCUAGCGUAUUAUCGUGGUUUUACCGCUACUGUCCUGGGCGCUAUACCGUAUGCUGGCUGCAGCUUUUUCACAUACGACAUGCUGAGGAAUCUACUGUCCGUGUACACGGUGACUAUUCCGGGAUUCUCGACCUCCCUCAUAUGCGGCGGCAUUGCUGGAAUGGUUGGCCAGACAAGCAGUUACCCACUGGACAUUGUGAGACGGAGAAUGCAGACUUCGGCGGUCAAGGGACAGCAUUAUCACACCAUCACGUCGACCGUCAAGAAGAUUUACACGGAAGAAGGAAUAAUGGCGUUUUAUAAAGGCUUAAGUAUGAACUGGGUAAAGGGCCCUAUCGCAGUUGGAAUCAGUUUUGCCACGCACGACGCAAUACGAGACACACUGAGGAAACUAAUUAGCGAAGAUACAUAGAAGUAAUAGAGAUUUUCUAAUGCUAGAAAACUGGCUCUAUAUACUCACAGAGUAAUAAUUGUAUAAUUUUUUGAUCAGUUAGGCAGAUCACUUUAAUUACGGUUAAAUAUGUCAACAUAAACUUUCUCAGAAUGAAAAGCAAAAGAUAAACUUAUAUAACACAAAGUGUCGUUAAUAAUAACAAAAAAUAGUUAUUUUGUGAGGGCAUUUCUCCAAAAAAGACAAUUGGGGAUAAUUAGUACAAAUUGUUAAAUAUUAUGUAAAUAUUGUUAUUCUAAAAAUUCUAUUUACAGAAACAUAAUGUUUGGAAACAAU